AUGUCCAACCAAUUCAACGCCAACGUCAACACCCAAACGACUCUCAGUCCUCCCAAGCCAUCAUGGGCGGACUUGGGACCGUUUGGGUUUCCAGGCUCAAUCGACGCCAACGGGUAUGUGCCCUACUUGAUGGCAAUCAUUCUUGUUGCCUCGGUGAUGGCGGUUUCGCUUCGCAAAAACAAGCUAGCUUCGUUUCCGGUCAUCAACGGCAGCAAAAAUGAGUAUCUGCGAAACGGACGGGCCAUGCUGGCCCGUGGAAUGAAGGAGUACGGGGGGAAGCCCUUCAGAGUAAACACUGGUCUUGGUGGCGGAGUCAUUAUCCUCAAUCCUACUGUUAUGCCUGAAGUUCGAAAUGAUCAGCGAUUUGACUCGACGAAGUUUCUUUUGCAGUAUUGGCAAGCUGGAAUCCCGGGGUUUGAGCCGUACAUUGCGCUGGGAACUGAGAUCCUGCACAAUGUGAUUAAGUGGAAUCUUACUCCGGCGGGCAUCUCCAAACUCAACAAACCGUUGUCCGAUGAGGCAGAUGCUGCUCUGAAGGACAUUCUGACUGACAACGAGGGCAAGAACCCUGACUGGCUCAAAAUCACGGUCAACUACACCAACAAAGCUACAAACGCAGCCAGAGUCCUCCGCAGAUGGCCUGUAUUCCUGUACAAGUACAUCCACUGGUUCCUGCGCGAGUGCCAGGAGGUCCGCGUGAUGGUGCAAGAGGCCAGAGAGACAAUCGCGCCCAUUUUAGAAUCGCGGCGCGCAGAGAAGGCAGCCGAUCCCAGCCUCGAGUAUCAUGACGCCCUUGAUUGGUACGAGUCGGCCGCGAAGAAGAUGGGUGUUGACUAUGACCCCGCAGCCCAGCAGCUGGGCCUCUCCGUCUCAGCAAUUCUCACCAGCAACGACCUCAUGUCGCAGAGCAUCAUGGACCUCUGCAAGAACCCUGAAAUGUUCGAGCCUCUGAGAAACGAGAUUCGCUCAGUUCUGGGAGACGGCGGAUGGAAGCCCACGACUCUUUACAACAUGAAGCUUCUCGACAGCGUGCUCAAAGAGACUUUGCGCCUAAAGCCAGUAGCAGCCGUUGGUCUGGGCCGCCGAGUCAUGUCCGAGGUUCGCCUCCAGGAUGGCACUGUGCUCCCGAAGGAGGCGGGAAUUGCCGUCUCAGCCGAAAAGAUGUGGGAUCCGGAGAUCUACGAGAACCCGCGCACUUUUGACGGCUAUCGCUUCUUGAGCAUGCGGGAAGCUUCGGAGCAGGGCGAGAAGACGGCCCAGCUGGUCAGCACUUCGCCUGAUCAUCUUGGCUUCGGGCUGGGCAUCCACGCCUGUCCUGGGCGCUUCUUCGGCGCUAAUACCGUCAAGCUGGUCAUGUGCCAUCUUCUGUUGAAGUAUGACAUCAAGUUGGCCGAGAACAGCAACACAAAGCCGAUGGAAUUUGGGUUUUCGAUGCUGGCAAAUCCCACCGUGAAGGUUCUUGUUAGACGGAGGAAGGAGGAGGUGAACUUUUAG